UUUUUUCUUCUCAAACACUGUUCGAUCAUAUCUCAAGGUCUAGUAUCCUCUACAAUCCUUAUUCGUCUAGAUAAGCUUCAAAACAUGCCCAGGAAAUGUGGAUACAAAUGACAAGUGCUAAUACUAGUAUGAUGGGAGCUGAUCAAUUACCUGAAAAUGUAAUCCAUACAAUUCUGAAGGGGCUUCCAGCCAAAACCCUAAUGCAAUUCAGGUGCGUGUCAAAGCUUUGGAAGUCCAUUGUGGAUGACCCUUUCUUUAUUGAAGAGCAUAGGCAACACUCGUUUUCUCGCCCCGAUGGGACAAAGAUGUUGGUGUCCAAUUUUCUAGAUGAUGGCCGUUGCAGAUUCUCCUACAUUAGUGAAGGUACCCCCCUCACUCAGUUAACUCACAUUCAAACCCUUCCAUCGAGUGUGAAUCAUUCCUAUAAAAAGUACGGUCCCCACUCAGUUAACGGCCUUGUUUGUGUGGGAAACAUCAUAUGGAACCCUAGCACGAGACAUGUCUUGACUCUUCCGGAAAAAGUACCCAAUGCUAUGAAUUACUUAGGUUUCGAUCCUAAUACAAAGCAAUACAAAGUUCUCUCCAUAUAUCAGGCAUGCAAAGGUCCUCCCCAACAAGGAAAACCUCAUUUGACAAGAUGCAUGAUCAUGACAUUGGGCAUUGACGACUCAUUCAGAGAUGUUCUCGGCCCUUUUCCAAAAGGACUCGACGCAGUUUUCGCUUUGCCUAAUAUGUGUUGCAUGGAUGGUAUCAUGUACAUUAACGGAAAUUGGAAUCGUGCAAUCCUAGCCUUUGAUUUUAAAAUCGAGAGUUUCUAUUUUGUUCCUCUUCAUCCUGAAACCUGUCAUAUCUACACCAUGGUGCAAAUGUCCGCCAAAUGCAUCACAUUGAUUGAUAAUUUGAACAUGAAUACUUUUGAAUUUUAUCCAGAAGAGAAGCAUUGGCUCAAACAAAAGGGUGGAUCCAAUUUAUUUAUUUAUUUCAGUGGAGCAUUUCUGAAAGAACAUCAAAGACUCAGGGAGACGAAUGAUUAUACACAAGAUGUCUUGGAUUUUGAUAAUGGAGAAAUCAAUGAUUGGGUCACAACGAGAGUAGAGUUGUCUGAUACUCUUCAUGGUACUGGAGACACGGUUGUUCAAAAUAAUCUUGUGUCACUACGUUUGAACUUCUUCCCAAGAAGACCGUCUGAUUUGUUUUGGAAUGGGUGGAGGCGUGAAGAUGGUAUCCGCACAUUCUUUUCGACAUCUCAGUUUUAUUUAAUGACUCAUCCUGAAAAUUUGGUAAGGCUUAAAUGAUAUCUCAUUAGUAGAGUUUAUGUUGCAAGAC